AUGUCGCUCGGCACGCAGCGAGACACUCGGCAUCACAGAAAACUUAUGCACGAAGUGUGUGGAGAGGUGAGGUGGAGGAAGUGUAUGGAGGGGCGAGGUGGAGGAAGUGUAUGGAGGGGCGAGGUGGAGGAAGUGUAUGGAGGGGCGAGGUGGAGGAAGUGUAUGGAGGGGCGAGGUGGACUAAGUGUAUGGAGGGGCGAGGUGGAGGAAGUGUAUGGAGGGGCGAGGUGGAGGAAGUGUAUGGAGGGGCGAGGUGGAGGAAGUGUAUGGAGAGGCGAGGUGGAGGAAGUGUAUGGAGGGGCGAGGUGGAGGAAGUGUAUGGAGGGGCGAGGUGGAGGAAGUGUAUGGAGGGGCGAGGUGGAGGAAGUGUAUGGAGGGGCGAGGUGGAGGAAGUGUAUGGAGGGGCGAGGUGGAGGAAGUGUAUGGAGGGGCGAGGUGGAGGAAGUGUAUGGAGGGGCGAGGUGGAGGAAGUGUAUGGAGGGGCGAGGUGGAGGAAGUGUAUGGAGGGGCGAGGUGGAGGAAGUGUAUGGAGGGGCGAGGUGGAGGAAGUGUAUGGAGGGGCGAGGUGGAGGAAGUGUAUGGAGGGGCGAGGUGGAGGAAGUGUAUGGAGAGGCGAGGUGGAGGAAGUGUAUGGAGGGGCGAGGUGGAGGAAGUGUAUGGAGGGGCGAGGUGGAGGAAGUGUAUGGAGGGGCGAGGUGGAGGAAGUGUAUGGAGGGGCGAGGUGGAGGAAGUGUAUGGAGGGGCGAGGUGGAGGAAGUGUAUGGAGGGGCGAGGUGGAGGAAGUGUAUGGAGGGGCGAGGUGGAGGAAGUGUAUGGAGGGGCGAGGUGGAGGAAGUGUAUGGAGAGGCGAGGUGGAGGAUGUGUAUGGAGGGGCGAGGUGGAGGAAGUUUAUGGAGGGGCGAGGUGGAGGAAGUGUAUGGAGGGGCGAGGUGGAGGAAGUGUAUGGAGAGGCGAGGUGGAGGAAGUGUAUGGAGGGGCGAGGUGGAGGAAGUGUAUGGAGGGGCGAGGUGGAGGAAGUGUAUGGAGGGGCGAGGUGGAGGAAGUGUAUGGAGGGGCGAGGUGGAGGAAGUGUAUGGAGGGGCGAGGUGGAGGAAGUGUAUGGAGGGGCGAGGUGGAGGAAGUGUAUGGAGAGGCGAGGUGGAGGAAGUGUAUGGAGGGGCGAGGUGGAGGACGUGUAUGGAGGGGCGAGGUGGAGGAAGUGUAUGGAGGGGCGAGGUGGAGGAAGUGUAUGGAGGGGCGAGGUGGAGGAAGUGUAUGGAGGGGCGAGGUGGAGGAAGUGUAUGGAGGGGCGAGGUGGAGGAAGUGUAUGGAGGGGCGAGGUGGAGGAAGUGUAUGGAGGGGCGAGGUGGAGGAAGUGUAUGGAGGGGCGAGGUGGAGGAAGUGUAUGGAGGGGCGAGGUGGAGGAAGUGUAUGGAGAUGCGAGGUGGAGGAAGUGUAUGGAGGGGCGAGGUGGAGGAAGUGUAUGGAGGGGCGAGGUGGAGGAAGUGUAUGGAGGGGCGAGGUGGAGGAAGUGUAUGGAGGGGCGAGGUGGAGGAAGUGUAUGGAGGGGCGAGGUGGAGGAAGUGUAUGGAGGGGCGAGGUGGAGGAAGUGUAUGGAGGGGCGAGGUGGAGGAAGUGUAUGGAGGGGCGAGGUGGAGGAAGUGUAUGGAGGGGCGAGGUGGAGGAAGUGUAUGGAGGGGCGAGGUGGAGGAAGUGUAUGGAGGGGCGAGGUGGAGGAAGUGUAUGGAGGGGCGAGGUGGAGGAAGUGUAUGGAGGGGCGAGGUGGAGGAAGUGUAUGGAGGGGCGAGGUGGAGGAAGUGUAUGGAGGGGCGAGGUGGAGGAAGUGUAUGGAGGGGCGAGGUGGAGGAAGUGUAUGGAGGGGCGAGGUGGAGGAAGUGUAUGGAGGGGCGAGGUGGAGGAAGUGUAUGGAGGGGCGAGGUGGAGGAAGGCAAAGGUCCCAUUGUCUACCAUAUGUCUUUUCUAUCACAUGUAUCCCCGUGUUGUUUCAGGGCCCCAUUGUUGGGAAAAGAAGAACACCGAGUCCCUAACACGAGGGCACGAGAUCUUUUCUAG